CUGACUAGACUUCCACCUCGACAUACUCGCUGCUAGAUCCUGAGGAAACCGCCGAGCGCCUUCAAACCUCCCUCCUUCAUGGUCUCACCCCGGUCGAGGCGGAGAUCCGAUACCUACGAGAUGGACCCAACGAACUCCCCCACGAAGAACCGGAACCCCUAUGGCUUCGCUUUCUCAAACAGUUCCGCGAGUCCCUGAUCCUCCUGCUCCUGUCAUCCGCCGCCAUCUCCUUCUUGAUGGGGAACUACGAUGAUGCCGUCAGCAUUACGCUUGCCGUGACGAUCGUCGUCACCGUGGGGUUCAUCCAGGAGUAUCGGUCGGAGAAGUCUUUAGAAGCAUUGAGCCGUCUCGUCCCACACCACGCGCAUCUGAUCCGCGACAUUCCUACCCCGGACACGCCCGUGGUAGCCCACCCAACGGCGCCAACCGGCGCCGUUGAGGAGCUGGAAAUGCAGGAAGUGGGAAGCCGGAGCCCCGGGGCGGCCUCGGCGGCGCUCAAGGCGGCUUCCACCGUCCCGGCCAAUGAACUCGUCGCCGGGGACCUGGUCCUGUUUGCAGUGGGGGACCGGAUCCCGGCCGACAUCCGGAUCACGACGGCCACUGACCUGACGGUCGACGAGUCGAAUUUGACGGGUGAGAAUGAGCCCGUGGUCAAGUACCCCCAUGCGGUGCGGAGCCCGAAGAACCUCGCGGCUCACGAGCCCAAGAUCGUUAGCCCGCCUCGCUCGCCGUUCUACGACGCCCCCGCCAGCGGCGCCGUAGGCGCGGAUAUCCGGUUGAACGAGCAACACAACAUCGCGUUUAUGGGCACCUUAGUCCGGUCCGGGUAUGGACAGGGUAUCGUCAUCGGGACCGGCGCCAAGACCGAGUUCGGCAGCAUUUCAGCCUCGCUGCAGGAGAUUGAAAGCCCCCGCACGCCUCUACAGGUGUCCAUGGACCGUCUGGGUCAGGAACUGAGCUACGUCUCCUUUGGCGUCAUCGCCCUGAUCAUGGUCAUCGGGUUGAUCCAGGGCCGACAGAUCCUGGACAUGUUCACCAUCGGGGUGUCCCUCGCCGUCGCUGCGAUCCCGGAGGGCCUCCCGAUCAUCGUGACGGUGACGCUCGCCCUGGGCGUGCUGCGCAUGGCCAAGCGCGGGGCGAUCAUGCGGCGUCUUCCCAGCGUCGAGACGCUGGGCUCGGUCAACGUCGUCUGCAGCGACAAGACGGGGACCCUCACCAUGAACCACAUGACGGUCACCAAAAUGUGGCAUUUCGACUGCGCGGAUCCGUUUGAAGUCCACCACGACAUCAGCUCCUUGACCCCGGGGCCCGCCGCUCGCACGAUCCUUCGGGUCGGCAACAUCGCGAACAACGCCCGGCUCUCGCGGAUCCACGCGAACUCCCCCGCCAGCGCCUCGUCCGCCGCCGUGCUGUCCUCCACGGACGACCGGGCGUCGGGAUCCAUCCGCAGCCGAUGGGUCGGCCAACCCACCGACGUGGCGAUUCUGGACCUUCUGGACACCUUCGGGGAGGAUGACGUGCGCGAUCGGAUCUGCGCCCGCGUGGCGGAGACGCCAUUCAGCUCGGAACGGAAGUGGAUGGGUGUGAUUAUCGGCAGCGGCACGCCGGGUGACUCGAUGUCGCUGGCCUCGCCUGGGGGCACCAACAUCGCAUACAUCAAGGGCGCUCUGGAGCAGGUCUUGAAGCGGUGCGACACGUAUCUGACCAAGGACGGGCGCGAAGUCAUCCUGGACGAGCCCCGGCGUCAAGCCGUGCGGCACGCCGCCGAGCAGAUGGCCUCCGAGGGGCUCCGCGUGCUGGCCUUCGCCAGCGGAGCGGUGCGCGACCUAUCACGCGGACGGCCUCUGGGCAGCCGAUCGGCCACGCCCCACUCGGCGACCAACCGCAGUGGCAGCGGGAGUGACAACGAUGACCAGUACAACGGGCUGGUAUUUUCUGGAUUGGUGGGGAUGAACGACCCGCCACGAAAGGACGUCCACAAGUCCAUCCGGCGCCUCAUGGCAGGCGGGGUGCGGAUCAUCAUGAUCACGGGCGAUGCCGAGACGACAGCGGUCGCCAUCGCCAAGCAGCUGGGGAUGCCGGUCAACGACACGCCGGGGUCGCGGCAGGUGAUGAACGGGGAGGACAUCGACCGGAUGAACACGGAGGAGCUGGCGCAGGCGAUCGCGUCGACGGCGAUCUUCGCGCGGACAAGUCCAGACCACAAGAUGAAGAUCGUGCGCGCGCUGCAGGCGCGCGGAGACGUGGUGGCCAUGACUGGGGACGGGGUGAACGACGCACCGGCGCUGAAGAAGGCGGAUAUCGGCAUCUCGAUGGGCAAGCUGGGCACGGAUGUCGCCAAGGAAGCGGCGGACAUGAUCCUGACGGACGACGACUUUUCGACGAUCCUGCGGGCGAUCGAGCAGGGCAAGGGCAUCUUCUACAACAUCCAGAACUUCAUCACGUUCCAGCUGAGCACCAGCGUGGCUGCGUUGAGUUUAGUGUUGCUCAGCACGACGCUAGGCUUCAAGAACCCGCUGAACGCGAUGCAAAUCCUAUGGAUCAACAUCCUCAUGGACGGCCCCCCCGCCCAAUCCCUCGGCGUCGAGCCCGUCGACCCAUCAAUCAUGCACCGACCGCCCCGACCCCGCACCGCACGAGUCCUAACAAAGCCCCUCAUCCGGCGCGUCCUCACCUCCGCAUUCAUGAUCAUGCUCGGAACCCUCGCAAUCUACGUCUACGAAAUGGGCGACGUCGACGACGGCGUGACCCCGGGAAAGAUGUCCCGGGUAGUCACAGCCCACGACACAACCAUGACCUUCACCUGCUUCGUCCUCUUCGACAUGUUCAACGCGCUGACAUGCCGCAGCGAAGGCAAGUCUGUGCUACGCGGCGAGCUACCACUCUUCGGAAACAAGAUGUUCAACUACGCCGUGCUGGGCUCGCUCGCGGGCCAGGCGUGCGUUAUCUACCUGCCGUUCUUGCAGAGAGUGUUCCAGACGGAGGCGCUGAAUGUCGCGCAUCUGUUCAAGUUGGUGUGUAUCUCGAGUUCGGUGUUUUGGGUCGACGAGGCGAGGAAGUAUUAUCGGGUUGUGCAGCGGAGGAGGACUGUGGGUGUUGGGUAUAGCAUGAACGUUUAGCCUGUGACGUAUAAUUCCUGUAUAGAUGGAGGAGAAGAAGAAACGGAGUGCAUCAGCGGUUGUAUAUGAAUGUUAAUACUGAAUAAUGGAGACAUGUUAGCCAUGUACCUUACUUUUUUGGACUGGUCGAGACAAUGGAUCGAUCCUCCCUCCCCGCACACUAAGUAGGUAGUCUCCAUUCUUUAUGCAGGAUUAGUC